AUGGGUAAGCCUCGCGGUCUUAGGACAGCUCGUAAGUUGAAGAAUCACAGACGUGAGCAGAAAUGGAAUGAUAAAGAUUAUAAAAAAUCUCACCUCGGUAAAAGAUGGAAGUCCAAUCUGUUCGAUUCCUUUAGAAUGGGAGGCCCCACCGAUCUUGAAAUAGUUGGUGUUGAAGCCAAACAACCCAACUCUGCCAUCAGGAAAUAUGUGAGAGUUUAUAUCAAACAAAGCUACCAAAACGAACAAGAUAAAGUUCUGGUAGCUGGAUUCGGUCGUAAAGGUCACGCUGGAAGAGAUAUUCCUGGAGUUCGUUUCAAGGGUCGUAAAAGUUGCCAGCGUCUCCUUGUUGGCCCUCUACAAAGGCAAGAAGGAACGACCCAGACAUAUAUAUAG